AUGCGUACAGCGCCAGCGACAUUAGAGAAGAUGGUCAUAGCAGUUUCUCCCGAAGAGCAGCCGGCCACGCCCGGCGUGCCGCCGGAACAUACAGUAACCGGUCUCAAAGGGGAAAUGGCUGCCAUGGCUGCUAACGACGAUACAGCGAAACAACUAUCGGCGGAGCCGAAAUCGGCUGCCCAUACUCACUUGCCUUGGGAGAUUCCGUGUCAACAGUCGGGAGAAGGAAAUAGGGCAAUGCUAGAACAAGGGUUCCAAGCCACGCGCGAACAGAUUGAGAAAAACGCAGCUGGUGUCAGGUCCAUGAUUUCUGUGGUGAUCGUGUGGCUCGUGAUCACGGGGGUUCUCUUGAUUUUUGCCUUCUCACCCGUGAAUGUUGAUCUCGCUAUUGUCUCCAUGCUGCUCGGCGUAUUUAUCGGAAUCAUCGGCAUUCUGGCAGUGUCCACGAAGAAUACAACUGGAUUGCAGCUAUACCUCGCUUUGGACACUGUUCUUUUAUUAUUAACGGUUGCGGUGUGGGGAUAUUACAUUUACAUUCUUUUUUGCGCAGCCCGCGCAGCCUUAGAUAUAGCAGCGGAUCCUGCAUAUCACUCGGUGUCGGACGCUUCACCGGAAUUACUCCCUGAUCGAUCUCGAUCAGGAGUAGGGGAAGUCACAUCGAUCGAGGCAGCCGAAAGGCAAGAAGGACUAUCAUCCAUUGUUCGUUUGGACGAAACCCUCGAACCGUGCAAGAAAGGCCUCAGUGGGUACGGCGCUAAUUAUUUUAAACGUGUGACAUCUGUAUUCGGAGGUCUAGCUACCCGUGGGCAGAUGUGUAACUACUCUCAUUACGAUAUCCUUGAUUUCAGGAAAUGGCCCGUGAGUUGCAGGGGGACGUGUGGCUUCGACCGUUUGGCAACCGAUUAUGCACUCGACAAAACCCUCCUGGAUGAUCAGAAGGUGAUAGCAGAAUUCUUAUCCCAGUUAAAGUACCUUCCGCCCCAAGAAGCCACAGCGUGUGUCAAGUACUCAAUACGGACGGCGUGUGUGGCUGAAAACACAGCAUACCAUUAUGUUAUCCUUGCAGUCAUAGCCUGCUUGAUUCUUUGGAGCUGCUGCGCGUGCUUGUGCUGGAUUCCGGCAUCGCUGUGUGUUGCUGGCAAGCAUUUAUCUGACCUUCGAAAAUACCAGAGAGCCAGGGAGGCUGUGGAGCGAGGCGCCCCAUCAGGGGCCGCCCAGAUCGAACUUGCCGGUGUUUGA